GCUCCCGCCGCCGCUCCCCGGCACCGAGCCGCCGCCGCCGUCUCCGCCCGGCCCCGGGGGGAAAGGAUGCGUUAGGGCACAGCAGUGUAAGACUGGAAACACCUGGGCUGAAUGGACUUUAGCAUCAAAAGAAGUUCUCAACUGUUAACUCGAAAAAUUAACUACAUCAAAAUGAAGCAGGUACCAGAGAUCCUUGGAAAUACGAAUGGGAAAACUCAGAAUUGUGAAGUGAAUCGUGAGUGUUCUGUCUACUUGGGCAAAGCACAACUUUCUGCCACUCUACAGGAAGGUGUCAUGCAAAAAUAUAAUGGCCACGAUGCCCUUCCAUUUAUUCCAGCUGAUAAAUUGAAAGAUCUGACCUCUCGUGUGUUUAAUGGCGAAUCUGGGGCCCAAGAUGCCAAACUGCGUUUUGAGCCCCAGGAAAUAAAAGGAGUUGGAACACCACCCAACACUACUCCUAUCAAGAAUGGCUCUCCAGAGAUUAAGCUGAAAAUCACUAAAACCUACAUGAAUGGAAAGCCACUUUUUGAAUCCUCAAUUUGUGGAGACAAUGGUGCAGAUGUGUCUCAGUCGGAGGAAAAUGAACAAAAACCAGCAAAUAAAGAGAGGAGAAGCAGAAAAAGAAGCAUAAAAUAUGACUCCUUACUUGAGCAGGGUCUUGUUGAAGCAGCAUUAGUAUCAAAAACUUCAAGUCCCACUGAAAAGAAGGCUCCUUCUAAGAAAGAUCCUACUCAAAGUACUGUCAAAGAAGACAAAGUCCAUCUGUUGAAGUAUAAUGUUGGAGAUCUAGUGUGGUCCAAAGUGUCUGGUUUUCCAUGGUGGCCAUGCAUGGUUUCUGCUGAUCCUGUUCUUCAUUCCUACACUAAACUAAAAGGGCAGAAAAAGAGUUUUCGUCAAUAUCAUGUUCAGUUUUUUGGAGAUGCCCCGGAGCGAGCCUGGAUAUUUGAGAAGAGCCUUGUGCCUUUCAAAGAAAAAGACCAGUUUGAACAAUUAUGCCAGGAAAGUGCAAAACAAGCCCUCACUAAAGCAGAGAAAAUAAAGAUGCUAAAGCCUGUUUCAGGGAAGCUGCGGCCACAGUGGGAGAUGGGUGUUAAACAAGCGAGUGAAGCAGUAGGCAUGACAGUGGAGGAACGGAAGGCCAAGUACACCUUCAUCUAUGUUAGGGACAGACCUCAUCUCAAUCCUCGAGUGGCGAAGGAAGUUGGCAUUGCUGUGGAACCGUUAGAGGAGAUAGAUGAAUCCUCUUACUCAAACGAAGAAACCACUCAAAAUCUGAAAUUGAUGAAGGAGUCUGGCAUUCCUAACAAGAGGAGGAGAAGGACGUCAAAAUUAUCUGCUGCUGUUGAUAUGCAAGAAGGCAGUCAGUCAGGGACUAAGAAUACUACUCCUCAAAAGUCAUCUGAACAGGCAGAAUCCAAAAGAGGGAUUGGCUCCCCUCUCAGUAGAAAGAAAACUCCAGCAUCUACUCCACGAAGCAGAAAGGGCGAUGCAGUAUCUCAGUUUUUGGUCUUUUGUCAGAAGCACAAGGAUGAGGUGGUUGCUGAACAUCCAGAUGCUUCAAGUGAUGAGAUUGAAGAACUGCUUGAAUCGCAGUGGAACAUGCUUAGUGAAAAACAGAAAGCUCGCUAUAACACAAAGUUUGCCAUAGUGACCUCUCCCAAAUCUGAAGAAGACUCUGGUUCAUCAUUGAAGAAUAUUGGAGAGGCCAAACGUAAAGUGUUUCAAGACUCACCUAAAAGGAGAUCAAGAUCCAGAAGUAACUUACAUGGAAAUAAAAGAAACCAAAAAAAGAGGACAAAGGAACCUACAGAAGAUUUUGAAGUUCAGGAAGCACCUAGGAAAAGACUCAGGAUGGAUAAACAGAAUAAUCGGAAGAGGGAGACAAGCAAUGACAAAACAGCAAAAACAAACUCUACUAAGGUCACAGAAACCUCCUCUUCACAAAAGAACCAGUCAGCAACGAAAAGUCUGUCUGAUGCAUGUAAACCUCUGAAGAAGCGAAAUCGGGCUUCAGCAGCAGAAUCUUCAACUCUUGCUUUUAGCAAGAGUUCAUCUCCUUCAGCUUCCUUAACUGAGAAUGAGAUCUCCGAUGGUCAAGGGGAUGAGCGGUCGGAGUCGCCCUAUGAAAGUGCUGAUGAAACGCAGACAGAGGUGUCUUUAUCAUCCAAAAAAUCUGAGCGAGGAACAGGAACAAAAAAAGAAUAUGUGUGUCAGCUUUGUGAAAAAACAGGUGAUCUGCUACUGUGUGAAGGACUUUGCUAUCGAGCUUUUCAUGUAAGCUGCCUUGGGCUCUCUGGAAGACCAGCAGGAAAAUUCAUUUGUAGUGAAUGUACAUCAGGUGUGCAUACCUGUUUUGUGUGUAAAGAGCGAAAGGCAGAUGUGAAACGCUGUGUCGUAUCCCACUGUGGAAAAUUCUACCAUGAAGCUUGUGUGAAAAAAUUUCACCUUACUGUGUUUGAGAGCAGGGGUUUCCGAUGUCCUCUCCACAGCUGCCUAAGCUGUCAUGUUAGUAACCCUUCACAUCCAAGAAUUUCAAAAGGAAAGAUGAUGCGUUGUGUUCGCUGCCCUGUUGCAUACCAUGCUGGAGACGUUUGCAUUGCUGCAGGAUGUGCCGUCAUCGCUUCCAACAGCAUUGUUUGUACGAACCAUUUCACUGCCACGAAGGGAAAAAGUCAUCAUGCACAUGUCAAUGUGAGCUGGUGCUUUGUGUGUUCAAAAGGAGGUAGCUUGUUGUGCUGCGAGUCAUGUCCUGCAGCGUUUCACCCAGACUGUUUAAACAUUGAAAUGCCAGAUGGGAGCUGGUACUGCAAUGACUGCAGGGCAGGGAAGAAACUCCAUUUCCAGGAUAUUAUUUGGGUUAAACUGGGAAAUUACAGAUGGUGGCCUGCAGAAGUGUGCCAUCCGAAAAACGUUCCCCCAAAUAUCCAGAAAAUGAAGCAUGAAAUCGGAGAAUUUCCUGUGUUUUUCUUUGGUUCUAAGGAUUACUAUUGGACGCACCAAGCGCGUGUGUUUCCAUAUAUGGAGGGAGACAGAGGAAGCAGAUACCAGGGAAUUAAAGGAAUUGGAAAAGUCUUCAAAAAUGCUUUGCAAGAAGCUGAAGCUCGAUUUCGAGAAAUAAAGCUUCAGCGAGAAGCCAAAGAAACUCAAGAAAGUGAACGUAAACCUCCACCAUACAAGCACAUUAAGGUGAAUAAACCUUGUGGUAAAGUUCAGAUAUAUACUGCUGAUAUUUCUGAGAUUCCCAAGUGCAACUGCAAACCCACAGAUGAAAACCCUUGUGGCUUUGAUUCUGAGUGCCUAAAUCGGAUGCUGAUGUAUGAAUGCCACCCACAAGUUUGUCCAGCGGGAGAACGAUGCCAAAACCAGUGCUUUACAAAACGUCAAUACCCUGAGACAAAGAUCAUCAAAACCGAUGGGAAAGGGUGGGGUUUGGUUGCGAAGAGGGACAUAAAGAAGGGAGAGUUUGUGAAUGAGUAUGUUGGUGAGCUAAUUGAUGAAGAGGAAUGUAUGGCAAGGAUCAAAUAUGCACAUGAAAACGACAUUACUCACUUCUAUAUGCUUACUAUUGAUAAGGACCGUAUUAUUGAUGCUGGCCCCAAAGGAAACUAUUCUCGUUUUAUGAAUCACAGCUGCCAACCAAAUUGUGAGACUCUAAAAUGGACAGUAAAUGGAGACACUCGUGUCGGCCUGUUUGCUGUGUGUGAUAUUCCUGCAGGGACAGAACUGACUUUUAAUUACAACCUUGACUGUCUGGGCAAUGAAAAAACAGUCUGCAAAUGUGGUGCCCCAAACUGCAGCGGAUUUCUUGGGGACAGACCAAAGAAUUCUUCCACUAAUGCCUCAGAAGAAAAAGGCAAAAAGACCAAAAAGAGAACAAGGAGACGCAGAACGAAAAACGAGGGGAAGAAAGAAUCUGAAGAUGAUUGUUUCCGUUGUGGUGAUGGAGGCCAACUGGUGUUGUGUGACAGGAAAUCUUGUACUAAAGCUUAUCAUCUCUCCUGUCUUGGUUUGGUGAAACGUCCUUUUGGAAAGUGGGAGUGUCCUUGGCACCACUGUGAUGUUUGUGGCAAACCUUCUGUUUCUUUCUGCCACUUCUGCCCAAAUUCGUUCUGCAAGGAACACCAAGAUGGGACAGUACUAAAUUCUAUGUUAAAUGGACAGUUAUGCUGCUCUGAACAUGUUCUUGGGGUGGAUUCUGUUGAAACUCAGAAGCCUGAGAAACCCCGCAAAAAACUGAACAAGUUGAAGCCUAAGAGAAAGCAGAGGAACAGAUGGAUGAGAGCUGAAUCAAAAUAGUAAUGGACUGCAGUUUCUACUGCCAACACUAUCUUGUAGAUAAGUUGUGAAUAUGACCAGGGAAGGACACAAUUUUACAUAUAUUCUGUAAAGGUUACAUGGGGGGGAGGGGGAAUUUUUUUGUUU